AUGGCUUCCAAAGGCACUUCCAAAUUCCCAGCCAAGAGAUGCGGUUAGUGAGUCCUCCGCCCUGAACAUCUCCUCAGCACAGCGCACGAAGCUGCUCUUGGGGAGGCAUACAACACCACACCUUGCGAUAGAUCCUAUGGAGACUUUCGGACUAAUGAAUUAUUGUUAGGUGUCCUCGGUGCCACCGGCUCCGUCGGCCAACGAUUUAUCCUCCUGCUGGCUCUCCAUCCGCACUUCAAGCUCACAGCAGUUGGCGCGUCACCCAAGAGCGCUGGGAAGAAGUACAAAGAUGCAGUGAAAUGGAAGCAGGCCACGCCGAUGAGCAAAGAGCUGGGAGAGCUGGUAGUGAAGAAUUGUACAGCGGAAGAAUUCGCUGGGGAGGUGGAUGUGGUGUUCAGUGGGCUGGACAGCGAUGUCGCAGAAGAGACAGAAAUGCAAUUCGUGAAGGCAAACAUUCCGGUCUUCUCGAAUGCGAAAAAUUACAGGCAACAUGAAAAGGUUCCAUUGGUUGUACCGACGGUCAACCUCCCCCAUCUGGAUUUGUUGCCCCACCAGAAGAAGGAAUUCGGUCUUCAGAAGGGCUUCCUGGUUUGCAAUUCGAAUUGUGCUGUUAUUGGCAUAGUGAUUCCAUUCGCUGCGCUGCAACAGAAGUUCGGACCGAUCAAUACUGUGUCUGUUACCACAAUGCAAGCUGUCUCUGGUGCUGGGUAUCCUGGCGUUAGCAGCAUGGAUAUUCUGGACAACAUGGUCCCAUACAUCAAAGGAGAGGAAGAUAAGUUGCAGCCAGAAGCAAGGAAAAUCUUGGGAAGCAUCAACAGCGAGGCCAAUGCCUUUUCAGAACAGUCGAGCAUGCGAAUCUCCGCCACCUGCACGCGUGUAGCUGUGCUCGACGGUCACACAGCUUCGGUGUCAUUACGAUUCGAAAAGCGACCACCGCCAUCCGUAGAGGAGGUCAAAGCUGCAUUCAGAGAUUAUGUGCCUGACGUGCAGAAGCUCGGCUGCCCAUCCGCACCUUCACAAGCCAUCAUCGUGCACGAGGAGCCUGAUCGUCCCCAACCGAGACUGGAUCGAGAACUCGAACGAGGCUACGCUGUGAGCGUGGGAAGAGUCAGAGAAGACGAGAGCGGGAUUUUCGAUAUUCAAUUUGUGGCACUGAGCCAUAAUACUGUCAUUGGCGCCGCGGGAAGCAGUAUACUGAACGCCGAAGCCGCAGUGCUGAAGGGAUACCUAUAA